AUGCUGGACGAAGUAUCAUUUAUUUCCCAGUUUUCACAAAAGACCAGUAGUUCAUUCCUCAAAGACUUCAUGGGUUACUUCAAUGUAUGGUCACCCAAAGUGUCGCCCCAGGAGGAACCUGGGAAUCAACUUUUGGGGGAAAAUGAAGGGGAGGUUUUUCAAAAUAGACGAGGUCUCGUUUCGAAUGAAAGUUUCUUCCACCAGAAGGAGAGAAAACUAGGACAAAUAUCAUUACAUUCCAGUUUCAAUGACUUAGUCAACGAAGGGAAUGACACGGAGGUUGAUAACAUUUUUAAAGGUUCCCAACCAAAUAAUAAAUUGAGGGAAUUUUCAUCACCUGAUUCGGAAAUGUCAAUUGUCCCUGAUUUUCCCCCAGAAGACAGUGGAAUUUUGGCAGACAACGAAGUUAGUAGUGAAGAAUCUAUCGCUGAAGAGGAAUUGCUGACCACCAGAAAGAGAAAUAAGUUUAAAUUAUUUACCAAGGUGAAAACUUUACCUCACACUAAAUCAUUAAAGGGUUUAAAGAGAGACCCCUUAAAUAAUAGUGAAACCUUUUUAAGCGACAAACCUGCAACGGAGAAAAAUUAUGCAGUCAAUAAGCCUAAUAACGUGACAAAUUCCAAAAUCAAUGACUUUAGCCCCGUAAAAUUGCAGUUAUUAUUCAGGGAACAAUUGGAUGAUGAGAAAGUCGUACCACUUUCAAACGCUAUAUUUACAAAAACUGAUCCACUAUUUCCAAUAUCAAUGGAAGUAAAAACAAACACCCAAGUAGAUAGUAAGUCAAAUAGUAGGAAAUCACAAAAGACUAAAGCAUUUUUAAAGAAUUUUUUCAAUAAUUGGUACAAAUUCAAACCUCAUAGUGAAAGUGCGGAGUUAGAGAAUCAAGUAUUUAGUCCCGAUAGUCAUAGAAGAAGAAUAAGUGAUGUUCCAGCUAUAUCUGAAAUAGAAGGAGAGGAAGUAUUAGAUCAAUCAUCUUUAGGAGAAAGGAGACAAAGAAGUAGCUCAACAGUAGCGAGUUUAUUCAAUUUACCUAAUUUAGCACCCAUAUCAUCAAGCUCUCAACCUCCAUCAAUAAAGUCUACUGAAAGAUCACCAAAGAUGCGAAGCUUCUUCACAUUCAAUAGAAAGAAUUCUUCGCAUGUUAGAUUUGUUUCACCAGUGGAAGGUUGA